AUGGACGCCCACCGAGCACUCCGUGGGGGCUACAAAGCACUCCGCAACCAGCCGACCCUAGCAAGCAACGAUGUAGCCCAGGCCCUGAUCAUGAGCGCCUCCGGAACACUUCUGAUCUUCGCGGCCCUGGGUAUCUCCGUGGGGGCGAUUGUGGCAAUGCCAGGUGUGCUGCUCGGAGCGGGGAUGCAAGUCCCACGCCCCAUCCACGGCCAUGACUUGGUCAGCCCUCCUUGGACUGGCUACAGGCAAGCCUGGCAUGAUUGGAAUCAGCAGACACUCAAGUGCAUGCGGGCGCUCUGUUCCUACAUGGCAUUUGCAGCUAGACGUGACAUGGCUGUACACAACAUCCUCUUGAUGUGCUGGUUCACUCAGCAACCCUUCAGGGAUAGAGUGUUCUGGAAGGGCCCUGGCAUCGACAUGGAACCGCCGCAUGACCUCGACAGGGAAGCCUCGGUGGAGUCCGAGGGCGAGGCACCGCACGUGCCAAGGGAGGGCUCACCGCCGCGGGGGCCGCCUCCGCCGCUCCCGAUUCAAGCAUUGCAGGUGCCGUCGCAAACAGCCUCGGUUGCUCUAUGUGAUGCCCUUGGCCUGAGCUGUCCUGCAGUCACGCAUCUCCCCUGGAACUGGAAUGAGUUGGAGGCUGUGACAAUACAUGUCAGACCAAUGCCUGCAUCGGACCGCUUCCACCCGAACCUGAUCCACUGCGGGGAGUCUGCAGACGAGGUGCCGUCCUCUGCUAGCGGCAGUGGCACCACUAUGGAAAGGCGGACCAAUCGCUCCCUCCGACCGGCUCGAGCCACCCGUGAAGAGAUGGACAGGGCCAUGACGGACCAGGACUGGAACGCGAUCCUCGAGGAGCUCAAUUUGCAUGAUGCCAGAGACCUCGAACUCCCGGACAACGAGGAGGAUGAGCGGUCGGCCUGGGAAAUCACUUCCAGAACUCUGAGUUCGGCCACAGCACAGCCAGUGCUGUGGCCGGCAAGGAGGAGCACUACGAUGGAGACGACAGGGCGCCCCAAGCCGAAGGCCAAGCCGCGUGCCUUGAGAAAGUGCGAGGCCUACCUGAUUGAACCUAGGCGGGGCCGGGACACGGAGGAGUGA